GACGGAAGCGCCAUUUUUAAAAACAAGCACUUAGUUAGCUCCUGUAAACACAAAAACAUGCCUCCAAAAACUAGAAGAAAGUCAGCCAGAAACAAAGAAACUCUCACCGAAUCAGAAACUCCUUCAUCAUCUGAGGAACCUGAAUAUAGGAAGACACUUGAAAUAAUUACAAGACUGUCACAGAAAUAUCUCAAUACAGGAUCAUCUACAAGUACAUCAAAACAAGGGAACAAAAAUGAACAAGAAAAAGGUUACGAGGGAGAUGAAGAGAACACUACAGGAUCUAGUGCUUCUUCGUCUGUUGGUAGUCCUUACGACUUUGAAGAUGAACCAAUGUCUGAGGAAUCUUCCUUGAAUAAGAAAGACAAAAAAAAGAAGAAACAUGACAAGAAAUCUGAUAAACAAAUUAAACAGAAAAAACCACAAACAGCUCAGAAGAAAAUCUCACCAAAACCUCAAACAAAAACUCCUAAAGCACAAAAUAAAAGUGUAAGAUUUGAUGAGACCCCAAAAUCUCCAUUGAAAGAGAAAAUAAAGUUUCCUACAACACCAUUACCAAAAACACCAGUAGUAGCCUUAGAAAAACUUGAUAUUCAGAUGGUCGAGGAAUCUCAAAGACAGUUACGGAAGCGUAAAGUUGAUACACCACAGACUGUUGCUACUGAAAUUAAAGUGACAAGAAAAGAAUCAGUUGAUAAAAUUAAACCUGAAUCGAAAUUAAAAGGACCAAAAAUGAGUACUUCUAUUCACCUACCUAGUAAAAUUAUACCUGCAAUGGUCCAGGAUACUUCUACACCAAAUGAAAUUGUACGGACAAAAGCAUUAAGGAAGAGGGGUAAUGAUUCAUGUUUUGGCUUUGAAGAUGUCAAGAGAACAUCAUUACUUGAAUCUCCAGUAAAAAGAGUCCCAAUUACUCCUCUGUCAGACUAUGCUUCCAUGGACACAUUUUCACAGGACGUAUCAAUGGAGAAUAGUAUACAAAAAUCAAAACCACAAUCACCUAUGUUGUUUUCUAUGGAAGAAGAAGACUUUUGUGAUCUGCAGGUGAACAAAAGCUACAGUAAGACUUAUAAACCAAAGAAAAAAAUGCCUACCAAAAAACAACAGGUGGUAAAAUCCAGUGAAUGGGCAAACAAGAUAGAAAAGAUGAGUGUGGAGUUUAAAGAAAUAGAAAGUUUUGAAUUAAGUAUUGAGCAAGACUGAUUCCUGAAUCCAAGAUUUAUUGUUUUUAGUUCAGUUUUAUGGUUUAAUGUACAUUCUUUUGGGUAUAAAUUUUGUGGUGGAUUUUAUGUUUCAAUUUACAGAAAGGCAGCAUUUUUUUCAUAUUCUACAUCUUCAUUUGGAAAUGCAUAUUAUAGAAGUUGUACAUUUAAUUUAGUCCUAUCAUUGUAUAAAUUGUAGAAGUUACACAUAGUCUCAAUUUUGUGAGACCACAUAGACUAGACAGGUUAGCUUUUGUAUACAUGAUUUGUUUUAGAGGAAGGGUUACAUAUUUCAUAGAAAUGAUGCACCUGAAAUGAACAAUAAUGACAUUUCAAUGUUAUAAUUUAAGAUUAAACGACGUACAGAAGUGAAAAUUUUUUAAUUUUUUUUUUUCAUCAACUCAAGAAUUGUUUAAAUUCUAUAUACAUUCCAUUUAUUAGGCUGAUAAACAAAAUAAUGUAAUCACCAAAAUUUUGUACAUUUUGUUUCAAUAAGUUUUUGUCUAGUAUUUUAUUAAAAUUUUUGUCUUCUUUGUUGCAUCAUUAUGCAGUAUGCAAGUCAAGUUAAUUUGUCUCUAAAUUUUAAGAUAUUUUGGAUUAAAACAAUAAACAAAGUGUUUAUUUUCGAACAUUAUUUAAAAAUGGGAACUAAAACAGAUUGUUAUAAUAACCCUGUCCUUCGCAUUAAAGAAUGAUACAUACAGCAACAUAUUGAUUGUUUUUUAUUUAAAGUAAUUGAAAGAUCAUAUAAGAAGCCAGUUGUAUUGAAUGUUUGUGUAGAUUUCAAUACAUAUAAUAAGAAUAUAUACAAUAUCAAACUUGUUGGAACAAAAAUGACAUGAAUUGUUAACAUGUAUUUUUGAAAUUUUGCCCCCAUUUUUACACACACACACAGUGUACAAUACAAAACUUGUUGCAACAUUAAUGUGCGAACUGAUAUUGAUUAUUAAAAACAUUUUUUUUUUAUUUUAUGUAACUUUAUAUUAGGUAUUUUUCAUGUUCAUCAUGGUAAUAUUAAUUAACAUGCAACAAAAUGAACAACUAGUACAGAGUUUUUGAAUGAAUUGUUGGGGCAAAAUUAUUUUUAAAGUGGUAUGAUCCUGGACUUUUGUCUUAACAAACUUUUUACACAUUUUUAUAUUGAUCUGUUAUUUUUUCAGAAAAGUAUUAUUUGGGGGAAAACUUUCAAUGAUUUUGUUGAAUUGAAUUUUUUAUUUGUUUACAUAAAUUCUUUUGGCAUUUUCUGAGAUAUUUCUGUUAAUUUAAAAAAAAAUUAAUAUCAUCCAAAUAUGACAUACUAGAAUAUAAGGAAAUUUGUUCAUGCCAUUUCUAUCAUUUUGAUAAAGUCUUCGAAGUCAGGUAAUUUGUAUACAUACAAGUAAUAAACAAACCUGUGUUAGCAGUUUCACUGUCUUAACUACAUAAAAUUGUUUACCUUUUUUUAAUUUUGUAAAAGCAUUAGAGAAUGAUUUGUGGUAUGCAACAGUUUAAAAUUGAAAUGCUUUUAAUGAAUUGUACUUGCAAAUUCCUCUGACACAAUUAAAUCCUGCUUCUUUCAAUUGUAAGAAAUGUUUAUUAGCUAUGAAUGAACCCAGAUUGUCAAACAGUUUUUCUUCUGAGUGUUUUAAUAUGACUAAUAAACAUUUAGUUCGUGAAAUUUGGCAUGGAAUUGUUUAUUAGGAGGGCCAUGUGAAUGUUAGUUUUCUUAUUCAAUUUGACCAAAGUUAAGAAUUUCAUUUCAGGCAUUUGUAUUUAAAAUCAAUCAUGAUUUGCAAAUAUAACUAUUUUUGGAUCUUUGAUAUGUAUGAAUAAAUGUGGAGUUUAAAACUGGAAAAAGAGUAUAAACCUGAACAAUAUGUUCAUAUGCAGGAAAAGGGAGAAAUGAAUACCUCUAUCAAUAUUGUCAAUUAUGUACAACAUGAGCGAAGAUUAAUAAAAAGAAAAUUGAUCAGGUUUGAAAAAUUUUCCACAAAUGAUUCUUCGAACAUUUAAUUUUUUGCAAUGCAACAGCUUUAUAAUUUAGGAUGUAAUCAUAUAUUUUUUUUAUUCAAUUGUGGUCAUAAGAUAGCUCAUGUAUGUAUUUAUAGUUUUGUAUAUAACUUUGUACAUAUCCAUCUUUCUUCUGUCAUGUCAAACUAUGUAAAAUAACAAAUGGUUGUUGCAGAUUAUUGUAUACAUUUUUGAAGCAGAGAUACUGCUGGUAAAAGUAAUAUUGUAUGGAAUUAUAAUAAAUUGAUAAUAUAUAA